UAGAGUCACCAGUUAACCUAACCUGCAUGUCUUUGGACUGUGGGGGAAACCGGAGCACCCGGAGGAAACCCACACGGACACGGGGAGAACAUGCAAACUCCACACAGAAAGGCCCUCGCCGGCCACGGGGCUCGAAUCCGGACCUUCUUGCUGUGAGGCGACAGCGCUAACCACUACACCACUGUGCCGCCCCCCGAUGUAUCAUUCCAACCUUUAUAUGAAAAUGAAUUCAGUAAAAUAAAAUGAAAUAAAUUCUCAGUGCAGUUUUCAGUCGAAGCCCUCUGGAACUUUUGCUUUUCCAUUUGAGUGAUGAUUCAGAUGAUUUGGGGUCGGAUCAUAAUCUCAAAGUGUGUGUUAGAACAGAAAAUGUGUCGAGCACAUGUUCCAGACCCUGUUCCUGGAGAACCAAGAGAUUCUUUUACCAAGAGAGGGUGCUAUAAGUCUGUGUGACACCCAGAACAUGAUCAAAAGUUUCUUUCUUUCUUUCUUUUCCUGUCAACGGAAUGAAUAACACAAACUAGGGACAUACAGUAAUACAACCGCAGCGCAUAUAAAUAGAAAAUCACAUCCUGUUUAAAUAAACUAAGCAUUUUUCCCUCAUGUGUAGAAAUCAUAAAAUGAGCUAAGAGCAUUUUUAAAAUUUAUUUAUUUUGUAUUUAUUUAUUAUAUGACAAUAUUGACUCCAACGGUGGUUAUCCAUCCAGCCAUCUAUCCAUCUAGUAACAGUGUUGGAGAUCAGAAUCAACCAUCAGGGUUCUUUCUGUAUGUAGAAGCUUCAGGAAUAAAGCUCUCUCAUUAAAAGGGUUUAAUAAACAAACAAAUAAAUAAAUAAAUCCUAAUGGCACACAUUGGCAUCACGUGGAUGAUUAAUUGGAUUAUGUUCAUGAACUCAGUCAAUCAGAGUCAAUGGAUGACCUCAAGGUUCCACAGCUGUAGAGGGCGUGGUCUGAAUACAGCUGUUGACAGAGGGUGUGGCUACCUUGUUGGUCUAACACCUUGUGUAGCCUAUUUAAACAUUAGGGCGUGUAAAAAGUUUCUCAUCUGUUUUUUUUUUUUAAUAUCAGAGUGCAGUGAGUUGGACAAUAAAAUAAUCUUAUCUAGAUUAUUGUCUACUGGCUAUUAAAUAAAUAAAUCCAGGAGAACUGAUUCUGCAGUCCGGGUGGAGAGAGGUGUAAAAGGAGAGCUCCUCUGUCGCGCGGCUCCUGCAGUCAUGUUGGCCGGACCGUGCGCGCUGAGGCUCGGCGUGCUGUGCGCGCUCCUGUGCGUGUCGGUGGACGCGGAUCUGGAACCGGUGCGUCCGGAGUCUGCGGUGCUGAAGCCGCGGGUGAUGAUCGCGCUGUUGGCCCGGAACUCUGCUCACAGCCUGCCGCACUUCCUGGGCUGCAUCGACCGCCUGGAGUACCCCAAAGAGCGCAUGGCCAUCUGGGCAGCAACAGAUCACAACGUGGACAACACCACAGCCGUGCUGAAAGAGUGGAUGAAAUCGGCUCAGAGAAGAUAUCACUAUGUGGAGUGGAGACCGAUGGAGGAGCCGCGCUCUUAUACAGAUGAGUGGGGGCCCAAGCACUGGCCGCUGUCCCGAUUUAACCACCUGCUGAAGCUCAGACAGGCUGCUCUGGAGGCAGCACGCCACCGCUGGGCCGACUACAUCCUGUUUGUGGACAGUGAUAAUCUUCUGACCAACCCGCGGGUGUUGGACCUCCUGAUAGCGGAGAAUCGGACUCUGGUGGCGCCCAUGUUGGAAUCACGUUCACUCUACUCCAACUUCUGGUGUGGCAUCACUCCUCAGGGCUACUAUAAGCGCACCCCAGACUACCAGCCCAUCCGUGAGUGGAGGCGUCUGGGCUGCUUCACCGUUCCCAUGAUUCACUCCACCUUUCUGCUGGAUUUGAGACGCAGCUCCUCUCGUGCGCUGGCCUUCAACCCUCCGCAUCCCAACUACAGCUGGGCAUUCGACGAUAUCAUGGUGUUUGCUUUUUCUGCUCGUGAAUCAGGAGUACAGAUGUUUGUGUGCAACAAGGAGCACUAUGGUUUCCUGCCCAUUCCCCUGAAGGCCCAUCAGAGCAUAGAGGAUGAAGAGGAAAGUUUCACACACACCAUCACCGAGGCACUCAUCGACCACCAGAUCGAGCCUUCAGGGUUUGUGUUCGUUCCUCCAAAACCUCAGGAUAAGAUGGGGUUUGAUGAGAUCUUCCUGAUUAAUCUGAAGCGGAGGAAGGACCGGAGGGAGCGGAUGUUGAGUUCUCUGGCCGCUCUGGGUAUAGAGGUCGCUAUCACCAACGCUGUGGAUGGCAAGGCUCUGAACUCAUCUCAGCUGCAGGCGCUGGGGAUCGAGAUGAUGCCGGAUUAUAAAGAUCCAUAUUCAGGCAGGGUGCUGACCAGAGGGGAGAUUGGCUGCUUCCUCAGCCACCACUCUAUAUGGACACAGAUGGUGGAGAAGGGUCUGCAACAUGUGUUAGUUCUGGAGGAUGAUGUGAGAUUUGAGCCCAGGUUUAAGAGGAGGCUACAAACCAUCAUGGAGGAUGUGGAGAAGGUUCAGCUGGACUGGGACCUCAUCUAUGUGGGGCGUAAGCGGAUGCAGGUGACACAGCCCGAGCUCUCUGUGGAUGGAGUGAAUAACCUGGUGGAGGCUGAUUACUCGUACUGGACGCUGGCAUACGCUCUCUCUCUGAACGGAGCCAACAAACUGCUCUCAGCUCAGCCCUUCACCCGCAUGCUGCCUGUGGAUGAGUUCCUGCCCAUCAUGUUCAACAAACACCCCAAUAUGGCCUACAUGUCUCACUUCGAGCCAAGGGAUUUGCGAGCGUUCUCAGUAGAGCCGUUGCUAGUUUACCCAACACACUACACGGGUGAGCCGGGUUACUUCAGCGAUACUGAGACAUCUACCAUCUGGGACGAUGAGGACAUCAGCACGGACUGGGAUCGAUCCCAGGCUCAGAAAACCGCCCAACAGGGCCGCAUUCGACCCAUCGCCCAGAAUAGUGUGACUGGGGAAAUGCCGCCCCCUGCUGCCCGUGCAUCACGAGAUGAACUGUGAAAAGACUCAAGCAAGAAAGAUGUCAAUGAAGGUUUUUAGGUCACUGAAUUGUGUACAAGAGUACAUCGAGAACUGGACUGUGUUAUGAUUUUAAAGAUGUUUUACCACUCAUUCAACGUUCUUAAUCAGCUCAAUAUAAGAAAAUAGAAUUGUUCAUGCACAUUGCAUCAAAGCAGCUCUACUCUACUCAAGGAACCAAGAUUCAGAAGGGGAGACUAUCCUUUAUUGGUUCGCAAAAAGAAAAAAAAACUAUUUUGUUUAGAAUUCCCAGUUUCUCUGGCGUAUAAGUGGAUGGUUAGCAGUAAGGAUAGCAGUACAGUCAUUAUUAAUGGAAUUAUGCACUGGGUAAAGACGCAUAACUUGUUCAGCACUUAGUGGUCAAUCAAAGAAGAAGGAGCCUUGGAGCCACCAGGAUGAUGGCAGAAACUUGUAUGACUUAAAAUGUCAGAAGUAGGAUCUGGAGCAGGAUCUUGUAGAUCUCAGGACUGUAGUAGAAAAUUGUAGACAUCAAUUCUGAUUGCAAAGCCUGCAGACCUCAAGUUUGGUGCAGAAACUUCUUGACCUCAGGAUUUUUAAGCUUCAGGACUGGAGCAGGAGCAUGAAGGCCUCAAGAAUGGAUCUAGAACAGGUAGUCUCUCAGGUCUACAAAACUUCUGCACCAGUCAUCAAGGCUGGAGCAGAAACUGUAGGCCUCAGGUUUUGAGCAGAACCUGAUAGACCUCAACACUGCAACAGAAACUGGUUGUUCAGAACAGAAGGUUUGUUUGGUUUGAUGUAGAAACUUAUAUGCCUCAGGCUUGGAGUAGAUGCUUCAGGACUGAUUCAGGACUAGCGCAGGAGCUGGUAGACUUUAAAGAUUGGUGCAGAAAUGUGUAUAUUCAGGGCAUGAGCAAAAGCUUGAAGGCCUCAAGACUGAAGCAAGAGCUAGUACACCCUAAGAAUUGGUGCAGAAGUCUGUAGACCCAGGACAAGAGCGGAGCCUUGUAGGCCUUACGACUGGAGCAGAAACCUGAAGGAAUCAGACUAGGACCAUGAGCUUGUAGGACUCAGGUCUUGAGCAGAAUAUUGUAGAUAUCAAGAUUGGAGCAGGAGCUAGGAGACCCUAAGUGUUGGUGCAGAAGCCUGUUGACCACAGGACUAGAGAAGAAGCUGGUAGAACUCAGGAAAAGAGCAGGAGCCUGAAGGCCUCAAGAUGCAAGCAGGAGCUUAUAGACCCUGACUGUUGGUGCUGAAGCUUGUAGACCCUGCUUGUACACAGGAACAGAGGCUGAUAAUUUCUUAAAAAUACCUUAAUAAUGAUCUGACAAGCUGCAUCAGUCAGGUGUGUUUGGAGUUAAAACCAAGAAGGACCAUCCUAAUGCUUUUCAGACCAGAUCACAUUUCCAGACUCCAAUGAUUGGCAAGAGUUCUGUCCCAAAUGCUGGAAGUCAGAUGUAGUUAGCUUUCUUACUAAAAUGUCAGCCAUUUCAAGAAACACUAGAAGAAACAGAAUCUGUUUUAACAAGACUCCCCCCACCACCACCCAAGGUUUAUUGUUGAUGGCCAGAAGAUCAUCUGAUCAUUUGCUCAUUAGCUUGUGUCACGGUUACCAUGAACGGGUACCAUGAACGCUUUAUGCCAGAGAUUACUUCUAAGAAUUAAUUCUUGUAAACAUUCUCAUUUUGAGCAUUAGUACUUGCGAAAUUUCCCACUGCUCUGUAUAACUGAUGAAAAACUUCAGAUGAGUGUUGAAACAUCCUCAAAACUGGAGGAAGAGACUUACACACAUACCCACAAGCUCACACUACCACCAGAUUAUCAAAUCACAAUCAUUAAUCAACACUUACCUCUCUCAUUUCCUGGUUGUUCAGCCAAUAGCAUUGCAGCAGGCUGAAAUGCUCAGACAUGAUUGGCUAACACCAGUGUUAGGAGAAGAGGUAGAGGAACAGGAGGACAGAGGCUCCUGUUUUAAGUCCACAUUAUUUAUUUCCACAGACUGUGUGUCACUGGAGUUGUCGCUCUGUCUGUCUGUCCACAGAUUUGUCCCUGGAGGAUGUUGUGAGACACCUAUAAAGACAGACAAACAAACAAUUACAUGUACAAGGGACACACAUACAUUUGGCAGUAUGUUCAAAAAUGAUCAAAAAACAUUUUAGUCUUUUUUAUUUAACUGAAAAUAAAAACUGAUGAUGUCUA